AUGGCGCACGCGCGGGACGGCGGGGGCCACGAGGAUGUAGCGGAGGCGACCGUCUGCCUGGACGGCGACUCCGAGGCCGGCGAAGCGCGCGGCGCGGGGCGCGUGCCGCCGUGGCGGGGCCAGCUGACGGCGCGCGGGAUGGUGGCGAGCCUCGCCGUCGGCGCCAUGUACAGUGCGAUCGUCAUGAAGCUGGGCCUCACCACGGGGCUCGUCCCCACGCUCAACGUCUCCGCCGCGCUCAUCGCCUUCGUCAUCCUCCGCGGGUGGACGCAGGCGCUCGCCCCCGUUCACCCGCCAGGAGAACACCGUCGUCCAGACCUGCGCCGUCGCAUGCUACAGCAUCGCCACUGGAGGUGGGUUUGGCUCCUUCUUGCUUGGGCUGAACAAGAGGACCUACGAGAUGGCCGGGGAGGAGACGGAAGUUCCUCUGAGCGUUUACACAUGCUAUUUCAAGAACUUAUGGAAUUUAUUAGGUUGUUUGGUGUCAUGAUAAUUGACUACAAAUUAACUUACCCAAGUGGUACUGCAACAGCUGUGCUUAUAAAUGGAUUCCACACAACUCAUGGAGAUGCAACAGCAAAUGAUUUGAAAGGGGAUUGGUAUCCUGCAGAUAUGCCAGAGAGCAGUAUGAGAAGCCUGCAAGGUUACAAGGCCUUCAUCUGCAUAGCGCUCAUCUUGGGAGACGGUCUAUCCAAUUUUGUUAAGAUUGUUGCAUUCACUGUGAAGAGUCUGCUUGACAGAUCAAGACUGAAGAAUGCAAAGAAAGUUGUUGCUGUGUUUGCCAUUCCCUUGAUGUUCCAUGAGAUGAAAUGGUACUAUGUUAUCAUAGCAUACUUAUUGGCUCCAGCAUUGGGUUUCUGCAAUGCCUAUGGUGCUGGCCUUACUGAUAUCAACAUGGCCUACAAUUAUGGAAAGGUUGCGCUCUUCAUUCUUGUGGCCUGGGCUGGGAAGGACUCUGGUGUUGUUGCUGGCCUAGUGGACUGUGGUUUGGUGAAAUCACUGGUGUCAAUAUCCGCUGAUCUGAUGCAUGACUUCAAGACUGGACAUCUUACAUUAACAUCACCUAAAUCAAUGAUUACUGCUCAGGCUAUUGGCACUGCCAUGGGCUGUGUCAUUGGACCGCUGACAUUUUUUCUGUUCUACAAGGCUUUUGACAUUGGCAACCCUGAUGGGUACUGGAAGGCACCAUAUGCUCUAAUCUACCGCAAUAUGGCAACUCUUGGUGUCCAGGGCUUCUCUGCUCUGCCCCGAUAUUGUUUGCAGCUGUGCUAUGGAUUCUUCGGAUUUGCAGUGGCAGCCUAUCUGAUGAGGGACCUCUUGCCACCAAAGUAUGGCAAAUGGGUUCCUCUACCAAUGGCAAUGGGGGUUCCCUUCCUAGUUGGUGCGAGCUUUGCUAUCGACAUGUGUGUGGGGAGCUUGAUAGUCUUCAUCUGGCACAUGAUUGACAAAAGUAAAGCAUCUUUAAUGGUGCCAGCAGUUGCAUCUGGGUUGAUAUGUGGCGAUGGGCUUUGGAUCUUCCCUGAAUCCUUGCUUGCCUUGGCCAAGAUCAGUCCACCAUUGUGCAUGGCAUUCAGGUCUUCACACUAG